CACAAAGCCACAUUAAUGUGAACAUCUCGAUUUCAGGCGUUUGUUCACAGUUCUGACAUUUUCCAUCUCUCCCGCCUCACUAUCUCUGUGUCAGUUAUCAGGAGUGGCAUGGGGUGAAAUCAAGGCAAAAAACCAUCUUAUUUAAGUCAGUGUUUGGCUCUCUAGCCUUUUUUACCACGUGCAUUCACCAGUGGAGUAAAAACAAGAGGUGGCGGAAAAAAUUGCGCGAGAACUUCUGUUAAAUUUCUGUGCUCUUCUCCUCAACUUGGUAGCGAAAAUACUCACGUCUGGAGAUAUAAAAGAUCGGAGUGCUCGAGAUUAUACUCCAGUACUAUAUACUGUGUUGUACAAUAAAUUAAGUGAAAUUUACAGCCAUCAUAACAUUUAAUGAGUGUUUAAGUACAUAUAUUUGAUCAAGAAAUCGUAUUAUCAGCCAAAUUGUCACAGUUUCUGUAAAUACGCAUAUAAUACUGCAAUUCUUGCGGAUAGAGCCUCACCAUUGUGCGAGAUAGGCGAGCAGUUUUAGUCACGGAGUGACACUGAAAUAGAUCACUCGUAAAUUCAACUUCCUCAAACCAUAUUGCUAAAAGUCGUGAGAACCCAAGUCUCAAUAGUGCCGAUUGUUAUGCUGAGAGCGUGAAGAGUUAUAAUGGAGACGAUAGAACGCCAGGAAGCCGAGUCUCUGCGCCCUUUGCAAGAUGGAUUCACCCUGAAAUUCACACCGAAUUGGCGCAAAACCAAGUCAUGGUCUGGACCAAGAAAAGUCAUCAGGCUCUUCCUCCUGGGAAUUGUCAUGCCAGGAAUACUAAUCUCGGUUCCCAUUUAUUUAAGGUAUCGAGUAUACGAUGCGCAGCUUUAUCCGCUAGGAAUUUCAGACAUGCGGCUCAUAGACAGCAAAGUCUCAACAACGUGGUGCCAACGGCAAAUUGUCAAAGCCAACGUUUCCUUUAAUGCCUUUCUCAUGCCCAAUUUGCCCACAAUCUCCAAAGAUCGUCUGUCUGUGGAUAUGACGAGGCACCUGCUGCUCGAUGACGACAUGAAAGAGUAUUGGGGCUUUUAUCUGCUCAAAGGAUCCACAGUUACUGUGUCCAGCUGCUCAAGAUGGCCCGGAGCAUCUCUCAUUUUAAUUAGAGGUCACAGACAUCUCCACGAGUGCGCCUACAUUGGCGACGACUCAUCUGAGGAGGAUGAGGAACUGCGGGAAAUUGAAUUGGAGCGCGAGAAGAAGGAACAGGACGAGAAUGGCGAUGCCCCAUCCAAUCGUGUCGAUUUACUGAAGAGAUCCAAGCCAGAGAUUGCCUUUCUCGAUCCAGUUGCCCAAGAGAAUGCCAAUAAAUACACAUUAAAUCGCAAUAGGAAGGCGUCUGCUGAGACAAGCGAGGAUUCCGAUAUUACAGCAAAAGAAAUGAAAGAACUUCUCAGUCAGCUCGUGUACAAGGCCGAAAGAUCAAAGCCCAAUAAGACAAUCUCAACUGUACACUCAGUAGAAAACGACGGAGACAAUGUAGCGUCGGAAAAAGCGGAGCCAAACACAGAAUUCGUGAAUCGUGGGAUUCAAAAUAAGUCUGCGAAAAAGACCGAAAAAGGGAACAAUGCCAAAGACAAUGUGAGUGAAUAUUCCAAUAUCAGUGAAUCCCUAAUGAAAGACGAUAAAAAUCAAACAUCUUCGGAAGUGUUUGAUGAAUUGCUGCACAAGCUGAGAAACAUGGGCCUCAGGGGGCGAAAAAUUCUGCGAGAAUUGCAAACGGAGUUGAUAGAAAAAGUGGGUGAUCAAGUCUCAACGAGCGACAUAAAGUUGGCAUUUAGUGGGAAAAGAGACAAAUCAAAGGAGGACAAAUCGAAGGAGAACAAAUCGAAGGAGAACAAGGGAGAAUUCGACGAACUCCUCCGAAAGCGUCGUGAUAUUAUCUUCAAAACAGCCAUCGAGGCGGAUUUGUCUCAAGACGACGGAGAGAAGAAUUCAGCUCUGGAAGAGGGAUUUACACCAGACGGUCAUGCUGAGCAUCACUACGUCCUCAAUGAAGCCACUCUCAAUGACAAGUCAAACUCUGAAUUUUGGUCAUCUUUCUCUUCAAGUGAAGAAGCACUUCUCAAUUGCGCUGGAUUGAUUCUAAGUCUCCCACUGACGCCGCAUCGUGACUGCGAUCGCAAAAAGUCCGAGGAUCACCUGCACAGGGCAAGCUUUGCCAACACCAUCACUUACACUGUUCCCCGAACUGGAUACUACUUCUUCGUCUUCAACAGCGAAAAUGAGGUUCAGCAGAACUACAUUCGCGUGAAAUUUGACCUGCACAAAAUCAUUUACAACGUCACACAACCAAUGGCAGUUUGUAAUCAAACGACGAGUCAGUGUUCUCUUCCGCUGGACUUCCUGAGCAAUGAAAAGGUGGUUCUCGAGUUGCCGGUGAAGGAUAAAUCAUCGCACUCAAACGAAGAAUACGUUUUCACAUCUGAAUGUGAGCCUAGGACAGCUGUCUACCUGCUAUGCGUCCUGGCUGUUCCCUUCUUCAUCCUACUCUUUGCCUUUCAAUGAUUGACUCCGUUGCUCAAGAUUCUGUACCUGAUUGAUCAAUACUAAGUAAGAUUAACUGGCUAGUGCUUUCAUAAACCGUCAAAGUUCAAGAUUCAGUUGUGAUCUAUUCGUAAAUAAACAGAAUUUUUUAUACA